AUGGCCAGCGUUAGCUUACCACUCGCUUUACCAUCCACCGAUAAGCAUUAUAUGACUCUCCGUCGAGAAGGCCCAUUGUAUAUUUUGCACCUGCACAACAACCAAAAUCGCUUCACCACCAAAGUCUGCAAAGCGAUCCUAUAUGCCCUUCAAGUAAUCGAGGAUGACUUUCUCGCUCAGACCGAGCCUACCGAGAUGGCUCUUGUCACUGUUGGCGAUAGCAAGUUCUUUUCCAACGGACUCGAUCUCCGACACGCGCAUUCGUACCUCCCCUUUAUGGACAACUACAUUCUGAUGGUGAAAAAGCUCCUAACUUUUACUAUCCCCACUGUGGCAGCUAUCAACGGCCACGCGUUCGCUGGUGGUUGCUUGCUUGCUUUGGCCCAUGAUUACCGUGUUAUGCGCACCGAGCGUGGAUAUAUGUGCAUGAAUGAAAUUGAUCUCCCAGCACCUCUUCCUCCAGGCUUCAACGCUUUGCUUCGCUACAAGACAACGCCAAAGACGCUGCGUGCUCUGGUCUUGCAAGGCCACCGUUUCAAUGCGCAAGAAGCUCUAGAACAUGAUCUUGUUGACAUCAUUUGCCCCGAGAACGAGCUGUUGGAUACUGCAAAGAAGCUCGCAUUGAAAUGGGCACCGAAGGCCAAGGCUGGUUUUAUAUACAGACAGCUCAAGGAAGAACUGAGUACUGAGACCAUUCGUUCACUGAGCGUGCCUUACAACCGUCUUCAAGGACCCCGUAUGUGA